CCACAUCCAGUGUAUCUCAGAUUUCCUUUUCAAGCCAUCUUUAAAAUGUCUUGAAGCAAUAAUUGUCAACAUAUACAACCUUUUACCCAGUUACUGUCAGUGGACUGACUGAAAGGAGGGGCAUGAGUCCCAUUCGUAGUUCAGUCGCAGCAGGACAACCUUCCAUUACCAUUUGAACGCAGAAACACAAACAGUGCAAGCACACCGCAUGAAAGAUGGCAGUUUUACUUGGUAGCUUCUCGACACCUUUAAUUGGAAUCAGCAUCUUCAUCGCUGCCCUGACCUACAUCACCUACAAGCUGCUCAGCGGUUACCUGCACAAAUGGUUUACACUGAAGCCUAUUCCACAAGCGGAGGGGACGUAUCUCUUUAUUGGAAAUGCACUGCAGUUCAAAACCAAUGCAGGAGAUUUCUUUCAUCAAAUUCAUGAUUUUACUCAUGAGUUCAGUGAUGCACCGCUGUUUAAACUCUGGGUUGGACCAGUCCCGUAUGUGGUUCUAUAUCAUGCAGAAACGGUUGAGACAGUUUUGACCAACAGUGUUCAUAUGGAGAAAGCUUAUCCAUACAGCUUCCUUCACCCCUGGCUUGGAACUGGCCUUCUUACCAGCACUGGGAAUAAGUGGCGUCAGCGGCGGAAGAUGCUGACUCCCACCUUUCACUUCUCCAUCCUGACGGACUUCUUGGAAGUGAUGAACGAGCAGGCAGAGAUCCUGGUGGAGAAUCUGGAGAAGCAGGCGGGGAAGGGUCCAUUUGACUGCUACAAUCACAUAACACUAUGUGCCCUGGACAUUAUCUGUGAAACUGCAAUGGGAAAGAAAAUUUAUGCCCAGAGUAAUUCGGAUUCAGAGUAUGUUAAGAGUGUGUACAAAAUGAGUGACAUUAUCAGCCGCAGGCAGAGGACACCAUGGUUUUGGCCUGACUUUGUGUAUAACUACUUUGGUGCAGGCAAAGAGCAUGACAAGACACUGAAGAUCCUGCACUCCUUCACAUACAAAGUGAUUCGUGAAAGAGCGGAGAAUAUUUCCAGUACUGAAUCAGACAAGGACUCUGAGGAGGGCCCGAGGAAAAGACAAGCAUUUCUGGACAUGCUUUUGAAGACCUCAUAUGAGGACGGCAACAAGAUGAGCCAUCAGGACAUCCAGGAAGAAGUGGACACCUUUAUGUUUAGGGGACAUGAUACUACAGCAGCCUCCAUGAACUGGGCCAUACAUCUGCUGGGCUCUCACCCUGAGGUGCUCCGCAAAGUUCAACAAGAGCUUCAGGAGGUGUUAGGUGAAUCUAAGCGGCCCAUAAACACAGACGACCUGAAGAAGCUCAAAUACCUUGAGUGCGUGAUCAAAGAGGCCCUGCGACUGUUUCCCUCUGUGCCUUUCUUCGCCCGCAACCUCGGUGAAGACUGCCAUAUCAAUGGUUUCAAGGUGCCCAAAGAUACCAAUGCCAUCGUCAUUACCUAUGCUCUGCACCGUGACCAGCGAUACUUCCCUGAGCCCGAGGAGUUCAGGCCUGAACGUUUCCUGCCUGAGAAUUCAGUAGGAAGACCUCCAUAUGCGUACAUCCCCUUCUCCGCUGGACUCCGCAACUGUAUCGGUCAACGUUUCGCACUGAUGGAAGAAAAGGUGGUCUUGGCGUCCAUCCUGCGCAAUUUUCACGUUGAAGCUUGUCAGACACGUGAAGAGCUGCGGCCGAUGGGAGAGCUGAUCCUACGACCAGAGAAGGGCAUCUGGAUCAAACUGGAGAAGAGGAAACCCGAGCUUUAGUCAAACUAGCACCUGCUCCAGUUUACAGAGGCUUUGCUCUGAAUUUAUCUUUCUUUGUGGUUUAUUUACAGCUCAUCCUUCCUAAUUCUAAUGUUGGUGGUCGCUGUGAUGAUUUCUAAAUACUCAGUGAGAGGUUUUUGUCUCCAAGCCACAAUUGUAAAAGAAACAACAUCAUGCUUCAAAUGAUAGAGAAGUUCUGUUUGUUUUUUUUUUUGCUGAGUGUAUGAUAAAUGGAUAAAUAUGAGACUAUACAUAUGAGGGUGAUGAAAUGCCUAAACCCUCAAACUCAGAGGUGCAGAACAAGGCUUAAUAACACUGUUUGUACUUAUUAAUUAUAUUUACAAACACAACAAAGUCUUUUUCAUUUGUGCAGCUGUUAAUAUUAAAACACCUGGCUGCAGUUUUUCCCUUUUAUGAGCACUUUCUAAUGUUUGUUGCUGUGUGUUUCCAAAAUGAUCUUUUUUGAUUCAUUUUGUCUUGUUUCAGUCUGACUGGGGAGGACACUUUGUGUAACUGAAGUACUGUGAUGCUGAAGAAACAAAUUCUCUCAAUAAUAAAAACAUACUCCAUAAUAUUAAA